GACAUACACCACGUCAACUUCAACUGACUGCAACCGUUCAAACAAGCCCACACGCCUCUCCCUUUCUUUACGCAAAUUUUGAUUCUUUAAAAACUGGAAACCAUGUAAUCGUUCACAGAUAACACGGUGAGUGUGAAUGCACUACCAGCACGAUCACGCCAGGUCUAGUUUAAACAUUAACGGCUCUUUUACUUCUAAGUGUAGAACGCUGAUGGCUCGCGCACGUUAGCCUAGCAUCCUUGUUUCAACCUCGGAGAAUUUAAAUUAAUCCAGCCAACUAUCACAAUUUACCUUAUUAUCCAAAUGCAAGAACUAGGAUAAUGUUCUUAAGUCAACCAUGACCUCAUUGUCAUCAUCAUCAUCUCAGUUAACGGGGUCAAGCUCUUCAUGCAGGACUCUUCCAGGGGAAGGGACUCAGGUCCACCCCAGAGGUCCUCUGCUGCAGAUCCUGAGAGUAGCAGGUGCUCGGGAGGAGGUGUUUACCCUGAAGGAGGUUAUGCACUACCUGGGUCAGUACAUCAUGAUGAAGGAGCUGUAUGACAAACAGAGACAGCACAUUGUUCACUGUCAAGAUGACCCACUUGGAGAGCUACUGGAAGUGGGGAGCUUUUCUGUUAAGAACCCCAGCCCUGUGUAUGAGAUGUUGAAGAGGAAUUUGUUUAUUUUGAAUAAUUCGGAUGCAGCAAAGAAUCUUUCAGUCGGCAAGGAUUCUAAUGAGUCUCCAAGUGAAGAUCCUGGUCAGGUUUCCAGUGGGUUGAUUAGCCCUGGACAGGCUCUCAUUGCUGGUAGUUCCAGCACUGGUGCAACGCAGAGCUGCUCGCAGCGCAGGCCACGCGAUCCUGAUGAAGACUCCUCAGAUGGCUUGCCCAGGUCUGCUUGCAAACGGCCAAAAUUGGACGUUACUCUGGAAGAGUGGGACCUUUCUGGGUUGCCCUGGUGGUUUCUGGGUAACCUGCGAAGUAAUUACACUCGCCGGAGCAAUGGUUCAACGGAUAUUCACACCAAUCAAGACGAGGACACGGCCAUUGUUUCUGACACCACAGAUGAUCUUUGGUUCCUGAAUGAGGCAGAGAGCGAGCAAGUUAGUGUGGAUAUGAAGGAGGCAGUGCUGGAGCAGGGAAGUGACGCGGAGUCCCCACAUGAAGAAGAGGAGACUGGGAAAGAUAGUAAAGAUGACAGGAAGAUGCAGGAAGAUCGGGAUGAUGACUCUCAGUGUUUAAGUGAUGACACUGAUACUGAGAUCUCCACACAGGAUGCGUGGCAGUGUUCAGAGUGCCGCAAAUUUAACACCCCUCUUCAAAGGUACUGUAUGCGCUGUUGGGCUCUGCGGAAAGACUGGUACAAGGAUUGUCCUCGUCUUGUGCACUCAAUCUCCGUGCCAGACAUCCCCGCCUGCAGUUCACGUCCUGAGAGGGAUGAAGACGAGGAGGAUGAUGAUGGAAUCGACAUGCCUGACUGCCUUAGGACUGUGUCUGACCCCGUCGUCCUCCCCUCGCACCACAUCGCUAGAAACAUCCCCCCAUCAUCCACCUCCUCGUCUAAAGGAAAGGGUCCUUCCCAGCUUCACCACCACUUACAGGAGAGCUCAGAGGGAGACAGCCAGGACACGCUGGACAUGGAGACAGAAUGCCAACCAGAGGCCAUACUGGAACCCUGCAAGCUGUGCCGAGUGCGGCCGCGAAACGGCAACAUCAUCCAUGGCCGCACAGCUCACUUGAUCACCUGUUUCCCCUGUGCCCGCAGGCUACACAGAUUUCAUGCUCCUUGCCCAGGCUGUGGCCAGGUUAUACAGAAGGUCAUUAAAACCUUCAUAGCAUGACCGAAACAUCUUAAAGGCAUGCAUGUAUUAUAAACGCACACUCACAUACUAGUUUUAAAAAAUGUUCCCUUAUAUCGAAGAAGGCAGGGAGACUGACAAACCAUUUCUGGGCUAAAAUGAAAGCACGGUAUCUAUGAUGAUGAUUUAUAUUGUAUAGUGCAAAUCAAGUAUAUAUAAUGUACAGAAUGUAAUUUAAAGAAACUGGCCUCGUAUUGUUGGUUCGCCGUUGUUUUGUUAGCUUAACAAAACGUCAUCUCUGCAUCUGCUUAGCAUCUGUAAGGUGAAAGAGAGGGUUAACUGCCUUGAUUUGCUACUGAGAGUGGGAAGGUGUGAAUCCUGGGUCAAAAAUAUUAAUAGACCCAGAAGAAAUGCAUGGCUUCAGUAUUUGUGCCUGCAUGAACAAUUCAAAUCCUAACUUUUACUACUUUAAACACAGUGGACUGUGUGCUAUAGCGCUUUCAAUGUACUUGACCAACUUUGGUUUAAAUUUUUUUUUUAUUUUUUUUAAGAAGAAUAGAAUAUCAUUUUUCUUUGUUCCCCCUUACAGAUUUCAGGCACUUAAAGACUAAAGCUCUAGGAAUCACUCCUGCGUGAUAUUUAGUACGCCUGGUGAAGGGCUUUUCUUUUGACAGGUGCUUUAAGCAGAUUAUAUGGGAAUAUUUAUUUAUUUAUAAACUUAGUUUUGGUUAAUGACAUCAAAUGGGAUGACCAGUCACAUGUCAUUCCUGUGCUAUAGUGAGAGAACCAAUUGUAUUACAGAUGUGAAGUAUUAAACUUUUCAUGUAUGGGAGCUACAAUAGAAAAGAGUAAUUAGGUCAAUGGCCAUGGUUUUCACUUCCUAACUCUUCCUUUGGUUGCUGAAGAUGCUCAGUUCUUUCCUUCCAUUGUUUUUGUUUUUCUAUACCUGAACAGAUCUCAUGUAUGAUUUGAGGACAAUUGUGCUAUGUCUGUUCAGGAUUUUGCCUCUCAUCCACAUACGUGCCUGUUUUAUGAAGGUUAAGGAACUGCCAGGUGAGGUGGCAUUUAUGGAAAGGUAUUUUGAAAGCAAAGUCUACCAUACUGCCAUACAUUUGUUUUUGUUUUUUCUCAAAAUGGUCAUCUGUAUUUUUG